GUUUAUGAUAACUCUGUCCAGAUCGUAAACAAUCGCGAAAACGUUUGUGGUAAUUGUCUCAAACAAAUCGUCAACACGCCUAAAACUAAAAACCGAAGAUCUUUUCGUUUUGAUCAAAACGUCAGCCAUACUUGAACUUCGCGCCCCUAUUUUUCCAAUUGAAUUAAAUUCAGCGAUAGCAGUUUAAAAUCUACUACAAUUAAGAAUAACAACAGCCUUUUUUUGUUUUUGUGUGAACAAGAUCUUCGACCUUUUAAUUUUCCUGUCACCAAAAUCUGUGACUUUUCUUGUGACCAAGAUCCUUGGUUUUUUAUUUGAAGGAUCCGACAAUAAAAAGUACUUAUCCAGAUAUUUGUUUUUAUAAUUAUAAAAAAUAAUCUCAAUGGCUUCUGCUAACGGAGAAGGUUUAGGAUCUGCUGCAACGAGUAUCGUCAUAUCAGGGCUUAUUGGGGGUUUAUCUGUGGCAUUGUUCUUUGCUUUUUAUUUAAGAAGAAAAAGGGAAGAGGUUAAAACAGCGGCAGAACUGCAUCCAGAAGUCACUACCACCAGUCAUAAAAAUUCGAAGCCUUUGAAGAAAGUAAACCCUAAAUCCAAUGUUUCAGCUGCUGACAAGGUGCAAGCCCGGCGCCAUCACCCUUUGGAUCUGAAUACAUUGAAGGGACAUGCUGAUGCAGUCACAGGGCUUUGCUUUUCACCGGAUGCCCUGUGUUUGGCAACAGCUUGUGCAGACAGGGUAGUGAGGGUAUUUAAAUUGGAUGAUGCAUUGAGCAAAAGUUUCAAGUUCCUACGGAUCAAUAUGCCAAGUGGAAGCCAUCCAGUAGCAGUUACUUUUUGUAAGGAAGCAUCACAGCUAGUUGUGGGAGCACAUAAUAUUUCUGGAUCUUCCUUAUCCAUGUAUGGAGAAGCAGCUCGUAAGUCAUCCGAAGAUGUUAAUGAACAUUCUAAACUUCCCCUGCCUGAAGUGAAAUGGGAAAAGCAGAAAGUGCAUGACAAGAAAGGCAUCUUAACACUUGUUGGAAUUUCUGCAACCUAUGGAAAUGCAGAUGGCAGUACAAUUAUUGCUUCAUGCUCUGAGGGCACAGACAUCAAACUUUUCCAAGGGGAGAGCGGAAAAUGCUUGGGAGUUUUGGACACAAAUCAAUUGAAAAACAACAUGGCUUCUCUUUCACCAAAUGGACGUUUUGUGGCUGCUGCUGCUUUUACUGCAGAUGUCAAGGUGUGGGAACUUGUUUAUGCAAAGGAUGGUUCAGUUAAAGAGACAGUGAAUGUGAUGCAGCUAAAAGGUCAUAAGAGUGCAGUGACAUGGCUUUGCUUCACGUCAGAUUCAGAAAAAAUCCUUACUGCAUCUAAGGAUGGUUCGAUGAGGCUAUGGAACAUCAAUGUUCGGUAUCAUCUUGAUGAGGAUCCCAAGUGUCUGAAGGUGUUUCCAAUACCUCUGCAUGAUGAAAAGGGACGCUUUAUGCAUUAUGACCGGCUUUCCAUUUCUCCAAACGACAAGAUUAUUGCAGCAUCACAUGGUCCCAUUUUACAGUGGCUAAGUUUGGAGACUGGAGAGGUUCUUGAUACAGCAGAUAAAGCUCAUGAUGCUGACAUCACAUGCAUGGCUUGGUCACCUCAGAAAAUUGCAACAGAAAAUGUUCUUACAACAAUUUUGGCUACGUGUGGUAAUGACAAAAAAGUAAAGUUGUGGGCUGCUCCUAAGAGUCUUUUGCAUUAAAGCAUUAUGAGAUUAUAUAACAUGCAUUGCUCAGAUCCUUUUAUAGUCAUAUUACUUAGAUUGCCAUUCUAUGCUGUGAGAAUGCCUAACAAAAACUAUAGCAAAAGUUGCGGUCUUAGAAAAUGAUCAACACACAAUCUAUUUUAAAGAUUGUUGGAGUGUUGUUAAAGAGUAAAUAGUUUUGUAAUAAGAAUAUUGUAUCAAUUGACAUUCUAAUUUAGCAGUUGUACAAUGCUUAAUGUCUUCAGCAUUGGGCACUAUCUUUAGAGAGAGAAUUUUCAAAUGUUUGAAUCUUGUUCAAGCGAAAGGUACGGUCAUUUAUGUUUUUAAAUAAUGUUUUGCUGGUACAUGUUUUUUCCUUAUUACCAAUAACAUGAUAGGAACAAUUAAAUGACUUGGAAGGAAAGAUGGUGCAAGUAGCAGUUUGAUUCUUGUUCAAAUAUUUGAACAUGUACACUACUUUAAAUAAAUUUUAACUUAUUAUUUUGGA